GCAACCGCCGGCGGCCCGAAUACCCCCGUCGCUGCCCUCCGGAGCUGGCUUCUUGGACGGGGUGAAGCGGCGACCGGGGUGGAGGGUGGCCGGCGGGACCGGGGCGGGAGGCGCAGACUCAUGAAAUGGCCACAGAUGAUAAGACGUCCCCGACAUUGGAGUCCGCUAAUGAUUUGCCUCGAUCUCCUACUAGUCCUUCUCAUCUCACACACUUUAAACCUUUGACUCCUGAUCAGGACGAACCUCCUUUUAAAUCAGCGUAUAGUUCUUUUGUAAAUCUCUUUCGAUUUAACAAAGAGCGAGCAGAAGGGGGCCAGGGGGAGCAGCCCUCUCUAAGUGGCAGUUGGACCAGCCCUCAGCUCCCUUCAAGAACGCAGUCUGUGAGGUCACCUAUACCUUAUAAAAAACAGCUUCAUGAGGAACUCCAGCGGCGAUCUUCAGCGGUAUUAGAAGAGAACAGUUUGCAGCAUCCCCAGGAGAACACAGACACAAGAAGGAAAGCAGAGCCUGCCUUUGGAGGUCAUGACCCUCGUACAGCUGUUCAGCUUCGAAGCCUCAGCACAGUAUUAAAACGCCUCAAGGAAAUCAUGGAAGGGAAAAGCCAGGACAGCGACCUGAAGCAGUAUUGGAUGCCAGAUAGCCAAUGUAAAGAGUGCUAUGACUGUAGUGAGAAAUUUACGACCUUUAGGCGCAGACACCAUUGCCGCCUGUGUGGGCAGAUUUUUUGCAGUCGUUGCUGUAAUCAAGAAAUCCCUGGAAAAUUUAUGGGCUAUACAGGGGACCUCCGAGCUUGCACAUACUGUAGAAAAAUAGCCUUAAGUUAUGCUCAUUCCACAGACAGUAAUUCCAUUGGGGAAGACUUGAAUGCUCUUUCAGAUUCAGCUUCUUCUGUGUCUGUACUUGAUCCAAGUGAACCUCGAACGCCUGUUGGAAGUAGAAAAGCCAGCCGCAACAUAUUUUUAGAGGAUGAUUUUGCCUGGCAAAGUUUGAUUCAUCCAGACUCCUCAAAUACUCCUCUUUCAACAAGGCUUGUAUCUGUUCAAGAAGAUGCUGGGAAAUCUCCUGCUCGAAAUAGGUCAGCCAGCAUUACUAACCUGUCACUGGAUCGAUCUGGUUCUCCCAUGGUGUCUUCAUAUGAGACAUCUGUCAGUCCCCAGGCUAACCGAACGUAUAUUAGGACAGAGACCACUGAGGAUGAACGCAAAAUUCUUCUGGUACUGGACAGUGUUCAGUUAAAGGAUCUGUGGAAGAAAAUCUGCCAUCACAGUAGUGGAAUGGAGUUUCAGGAUCACCGGUACUGGCUGAGAACGCAUCCCAACUGCAUUGUGGGAAAAGAAUUAGUCAACUGGUUAAUCCGAAAUGGGCACAUUGCUACAAGGGCACAGGCUAUAGCAAUCGGACAAGCCAUGGUCGAUGGACGGUGGCUGGACUGUGUCAGUCAUCAUGACCAGCUCUUCAGGGACGAGUAUGCACUGUACAGACCAUUGCAGAGCACGGAAUUUUCCGAGACCCCUUCUCCAGACAGUGACUCCGUGAAUUCUGUGGAAGGACACUCUGAGCCAUCGUGGUUUAAAGACAUAAAGUUUGAUGACAGUGACACAGAACAGAUAGCUGAAGAAGGUGACGAUAAUUUGACUACUUCUGCCAGUCCUAGCAAGCGCACAUCAGUCAGCAGCUUCCAGUCCACAGUGGACAGUGACUCAGCCGCUUCCAUCAGCCUGAACGUGGAGCUGGACAACGUGAACUUCCAUAUCAAGAAGCCCUCCAAGUACCCACAUGUGCCCCCUCACCCUGCCGACCAAAAAGAGUAUUUGAUAUCUGACAACGGAGGACAGCAACUCUCAAUAAGUGACGCCUUCAUCAAAGAAUCCUUAUUUAAUCGUCGAGUUGAGGAAAAAUCCAAAGAACUGCCUUUCACACCUUUGGGUUGGCAUCAUAACAACCUGGAGCUGCUGAGAGAGGAGAAUGGAGAAAAACAAGCCAUGGAGAGGUUGCUUUCAGCUAAUCAUAACCACAUGAUGGCACUACUCCAACAGUUGCUUCAUAAUGAGUCAUUGUCACCAUCUUGGAGGGACAUCAUCGUAUCACUGGUCUGCCAGGUUGUUCAGACAGUCCGACCCGAUGUCAAGAACCGGGAUGAUGACAUGGAUAUCCGUCAGUUUGUCCAUAUUAAAAAAAUCCCAGGUGGAAAGAAGUUUGAUUCUGUGGUUGUCAAUGGAUUUGUUUGUACCAAAAAUAUUGCACAUAAAAAGAUGAAUUCUUGUAUUAAAAAUCCCAAAAUUCUUCUGUUGAAAUGUUCCAUCGAGUAUCUCUACAGAGAAGAAACUAAAUUUACUUGCAUUGAUCCUAUUGUGCUUCAGGAAAGGGAAUUCCUGAAGAAUUAUGUUCAGCGAAUAGUUGAUGUUCGACCCACGUUGGUUUUAGUUGAGAAAACAGUGUCUCGGAUUGCCCAAGACAUGUUAUUAGAACAUGGCAUUACUUUGGUCAUUAAUGUAAAAUCACAAGUUUUAGAACGAAUCAGUCGGAUGACCCAAGGUGAUUUAGUAAUGUCGAUGGACCAGCUGCUUACAAAACCCCACCUGGGCACCUGUCACAAAUUUUAUAUGCAGAUAUUUCAGUUGCCUAAUGAGCAAACCAAAACACUGAUGUUUUUUGAAGGCUGUCCACAGCACCUGGGCUGUACGAUCAAGCUUAGAGGAGGCUCUGAUUAUGAGCUGGCUCGAGUUAAGGAGAUCCUAAUAUUUAUGAUCUGUGUAGCUUAUCAUUCUCAACUGGAAAUCUCCUUCCUCAUGGAUGAAUUUGCUAUGCCUCCUACGUUAACACAAAACCCUUCCUUCCAUUCUCUGAUUGAGGGGCGGGAGGAUGAAGGGACCAUACAAGAGCCAUUCAGCGGAAGUCCCCUCCCCCGGGAGCCUGACAUUCCUCCGGAAUUUCUGCCCUCUGAUGAGAGCAGUUUGCUGGAAUCAAGGAUUGCGUUUGAGAAGGGUGACCAGGAAAAUAAAAGCAUUCCACAGGAUGUGGCAUCCCUGAAGCAUCAAGAGUAUGCCCCGACGGCUUGCCCGGCGGGGAUCCCCUGUGCUCUAUUUCCAUCGGUCCCUGAAUCAUUGCUGCCGCUCCAUGUGGACGACCAGCAGGAUGCCAUGGCCAUUGAGCAGCCGGAGGCUUUGCAGCACACAGAUGAGCUACGGGACCCCAAAAGCCAGAUGAGAGCCUUUAGAGACCCUUUACAGGAUGACACUGGAUUGUAUGUUACUGAGGAGGUUACGUCUUCUGAAGAUAAACGAAAGACUUAUUCUUUGGCUUUUAAACAGGAAUUGAAAGACGUGAUCCUCUGUAUCUCCCCAGUAAUCACAUUCCGGGAGCCCUUCCUUUUAACUGAAAAAGGGAUGAGGUGCUCCACCCGAGAUUAUUUCGCAGAGCAGGUUUACUGGUCUCCUCUCCUCAAUAAAGAGUUCAAAGAAAUGGAAAGCAGGCGGAAGAAGCAGCUGCUUAGGGAUCUCUCUGGCCUGCAAGGCAUGAACGGAAGUGUUCAGGCCAAGUCUAUUCAAGUGUUGCCCUCGCAUGAGCUAGUGAGCACCAGAAUUGCUGAGCAUCUUGGGGAUAGCCAGAGCCUGGGUAGGAUGCUGGCUGAUUAUCGGGCCAGAGGAGGAAGAAUUCAGCAGAAAAGUGCAGACCCUUUUGCUCAUUCAAAGGAUGUACCUGGUACUUCAAGUGGCAGAUCAGGAAGCAAAACUGAUGGUGACGAGGAGAAAGGGUUGAUUCCGAGUGAUGCAGUGUGGUCGACAAAGGUGGACUGUCUGAACCCUGCGAACCACCAGAGACUGUGUGUGCUCUUCAGCAGCUCUUCUGCCCAGUCCAGCAACGCCCCCAGUGCCUGUGUCAGCCCCUGGAUUGUAACAAUGGAGUUUUAUGGAAAGAAUGAUCUGACAUUAGGAAUCUUUUUAGAGAGAUACUGUUUCAGGCCUUCUUAUCAGUGUCCUAGCAUGUUCUGUGAUACCCCCAUGGUGCAUCAUAUUCGGCGCUUUGUCCAUGGCCAAGGCUGUGUGCAGAUAAUCCUGAAGGAGUUGGACUCUCCAGUACCUGGAUAUCAACAUACAAUUCUUACCUAUUCCUGGUGCAGAAUCUGCAAACAGGUAACGCCAGUUGUUGCUCUUUCCAACGAGUCCUGGUCCAUGUCAUUUGCAAAAUACCUUGAACUUAGGUUUUAUGGGCACCAGUACACUCGCAGAGCCAAUGCUGAGCCGUGUGGUCACUCCAUCCACCAUGAUUAUCACCAGUAUUUCUCCUAUAAUCAGAUGGUGGCAUCUUUCAGUUAUUCUGCCAUUCGGCUCCUUGAAGUAUGUGUUCCACUCCCCAAGAUAUUCAUUAAACGUCAAGCCCCAUUAAAAGUGUCCCUGCUUCAGGAUCUAAAGGACUUCUUUCAAAAAGUUUCACAGGUGUAUCUUGCUGUUGAUGAAAGACUUGCAUCUUUGAAAACCGAUACAUUUAGCAAAACAAGAGAGGAAAAAAUGGAAGAUAUCUUUGCACAAAAAGAGAUGGAGGAAGGUGAGUUCAAGAACUGGGUGGAGAAGAUGCAAGCCAGGCUCAUGUCCUCCUCGGCAGACGCCCCCCAACAGCUGCAGUCUGUCUUCGAGUCCCUCAUUGCCAAGAAGCAGAGUCUCUGUGAAGUGCUACAAGCUUGGAACAACAGAUUGCAGGACCUUUUCCAGCAAGAAAAGGGUAGAAAGCGACCUUCAGUUCCUCCAAGCCCUGGAAGACUGAGACAGGGGGAAGAGAGUAAGAUAAGUGCAAUGGAUGCAGCUCCACGAACUAUUUCUCCAGGACUUCAAAAUGGAGAAAAAGAGGACCGCUUCCUGACCUCGCUGUGCAGCCAGAGCCCCGCGGGCUCCGCGCACCUGCAGCUGCCUACCCCCCCGGAGGCCCUGCCUGAGCAACUGGGGGGGGCGCCCCCUGAGCUCGAUACAGCCAGCAGUUCCGAAGGUACAGAUGUGUUUGAUGGGCAUUUGCUGGGAUCCACAGACAGCCAGGUGAAGGAAAAAUCAACCAUGAAAGCCAUCUUUGCAAAUUUGCUUCCAGGAAAUAGCUAUAACCCUAUUCCAUUUCCUUUUGAUCCAGAUAAACACUACUUAAUGUAUGAACACGAACGGGUACCCAUUGCGGUUUGUGAGAAGGAGCCGAGCUCCAUCAUUGCUUUUGCUCUCAGUUGUAAAGAAUACCGAAAUGCCUUAGAGGAAUUGUCCAAAGCGACUCAGCGGAACAGUGCCGAAGAAGGGCUUCCAACAAAUAGCACUUUGGACAGCCGCCCAAAGAGCAGCAGCCCUAUUAGAUUACCUGAGGUCAGUGGAGGACAGACGAACCGUACAGCAGAAGCAGAACCGCAGCCAACCAAAAAGACUUCUGGAAUGCUGUCCUUCUUCCGAGGAACAGCAGGGAAAAGCCCAGAUCUCUCUUCCCAGAAGAGAGAGACCUUACGUGGAGCAGAUAGUGCUUACUACCAGGUUGGGCAGACGGGCAAAGAGGGGACGGAGAAUCAAGGCACCGAGUCUCAAGAUGAGGUAGAUGGAGGAGAUACACAAAAGAAACAACUCAUAAAUCCUCAUGUGGAGCUUCAAUUUUCUGAUGCGAAUGCCAAGUUUUACUGUCGCCUGUACUAUGCGGGAGAGUUUCAUAAGAUGCGUGAGGUGAUUCUGGGCAGCAGUGAGGAAGAUUUCAUUCGUUCUCUUUCCCACUCGUCACCCUGGCAGGCCCGUGGGGGCAAAUCAGGAGCUGCCUUCUAUGCCACUGAAGAUGAUAGAUUCAUUUUGAAGCAGAUGCCUCGUUUGGAAGUCCAGUCUUUCCUCGACUUUGCACCGCACUACUUCAAUUAUAUUACAAACGCUGUUCAACAAAAGAGGCCCACUGCAUUGGCCAAAAUCCUUGGAGUUUACAGAAUUGGUUAUAAGAAUUCUCAGAACAAUACUGAGAAGAAGUUAGAUCUCCUUGUCAUGGAAAAUCUUUUCUAUGGGAGAAAGAUGGCACAGGUUUUUGAUUUGAAGGGUUCACUUAGGAAUAGGAAUGUAAAAACUGAUACUGGGAAAGAGAGCUGUGAUGUGGUCCUGCUGGAUGAAAAUCUCUUAAAGAUGGUUCGAGACAACCCCCUGUAUAUCCGUUCUCAUUCCAAAGCUGUGCUGAGGGCCUCGAUCCGCAGUGACUCCCACUUCCUUUCUAGCCACCUUAUUAUAGAUUACUCUCUGCUGGUUGGACGAGAUGAUACUAGCAAUGAGCUGGUAGUCGGAAUUAUAGAUUAUAUUCGAACGUUUACAUGGGACAAAAAGCUUGAAAUGGUUGUGAAAUCAACAGGAAUUUUAGGAGGACAAGGUAAAAUGCCCACUGUGGUCUCCCCAGAGCUGUACAGGACUAGAUUUUGCGAAGCAAUGGACAAGUAUUUUCUGAUGGUACCAGACCACUGGACAGGCUUAGGUCUCAACUGCUGAAAUGGACCGUGAAUGUAAAGGGGCCUGGAACAAAGGACCAAAAAUAAGCUACACGUUUUAUUUCUUCAUUAUUCACCACUGUAUGCCAAGGCCUUUCCGUUCUGUGGUUGUGUGGGCUCUGUGUAACUAAGGGGUUCCAACUCCAUGGAUUUGCACUUUGCUUUUGAUACCUACCAAUUAGCCGUCCUUAGGCCAGGAGGUUCCAUGAACAUUUUUCCACUUAAGUGAAAAUAUAGACCCAUUUCAAAGGGCUAAAGACAAAUGUGUGGUCAGAGAUGAGACGAGGUAAAAAAAUGUGUUGUCAGACUUGUUAACAAUGCUGUUAAGAAAAUAAUAUCUCCUAGAUGGUGACUUUCCUGGCACCACUUUGGACACAUUCUUUACUUAGAAAGCAUUUGUAGAGCUGGUGACUUUGUUUUGUGUUUCUUAUGUAACUGUGUAUUAUGUUAUGUAUUAUCAGAAUUUCGGAAAUCUUUAAAAAAAUUCCAAAUUAUACUAUUAAUGGCCAGUCCAACAGAUUGACACAAUCUGUUCUUGUUUUAUUGAGGAGUUUGACUUAACUUGGGAAUCCUGUUGUGUGUUCUUAUCUUGCUCUGGUUUUGAGCGUGCUCCAUGUCGUUUCGGUUCUCUCUUCUCUCUGGGUGAGACCGUAGUUAUUACGUCGAAGCCUUCUUUUGGAGCUUUUUUAAAAACUUGUUUAUAACUUUUUUGCAGUUAAUAUGUUCACGUACCCUUAUCUGCACCUGCUCAUCUUCUAGGUUUUCCUCCACUUUCAGGGAGAUAGUAAAUGAGUCUGUAGUGACUAAAUUCCCAAAGGGAGGAUUACUAAGGAUGUUUUUAAUGUAAAAAAUGAAUUAGACCUUAUCCAAGAAAUUGGGUGAGAGGUAGACGUAGACACUUGCUUGUUUUUUGUAAAGGUAAAGUGUCUUUUUCAAUGCAAAUAGUUUAAGUGGCAUCUAUAAAACUAACAGGUUUCUAGGGUGGACACACCUGUUUCUUUACUUUCUGUGCCAGUUUCUAGGCCAGUUCUGAUUAUUGAGAAAUGUUAAGAGAUAAAGUAUUUACAGUAAGGAACUUGUUUAGCAGAGUUUUUGUUUAAAAAAUGAGCAGAUAGAGUACUAAACUAACUGUCUUUAAGCAAAUAACAGAAUGCCAAAUAUUUCCUUGUGGCUUCUUUCCCUUAUUAAUAAGGAUACUUUGGGGGUUUAUAAAGUUUUAUAUAAAGUUCUCUUCCUUUCCAGCUUUCCUGUGACAGCACAUUUCUGUUGUAACUGUCACAAAACAAGAAAAAGGAAUCUGGGUACAUUCCAGUUACAGAGACUUAAACGUAUGUGAAAUAGGAACGUUUUGGAAAAUUUGCUUUAGAGAAGGAAAGCAUUAGUUUGGUGUUUGGUGCUUAUUGGAAAUGCGGUUUGUUUUGAAGUAGAAACAAGUUGCCCAAGGACUUAGAACUGAUGAUAAGCACUUUAAACAACAACAACAACAACAACAACCCAUGGGUGUGCCUUUUGAAAACAUACAGAACAGGGGUGGUUUUAGUUUUAGAGGAAAGGACUGACUCACAGGAGAGAUGGUGGAACAUUCUUAACUUCUUGUGAGUCCAGGAACAAUGGAUGGUGCCUCUCUUUCUGAAUGUAAACACGUUUUGUCUCUGUUCCUUUUUUUCUGUCAGGAUACUUAGGAGUGUUUCUCUUGUCCAUUUCAGUCCCGGACUCACCAGAAGGUAUCUUCCCUCUGCUGUAAUUAGGUGGUUUCUCAGUUUUAGUCUCAACAUUCUGUGUAUGUGCAGCUUGAAUCCUCCCUGGAAUAACUCCUGCAGCAGUGUGUCAUGUUGAUUUUUGUUUGUCUUUCUCAUGACUUGUAGAAUUAUUUUGUAAAGCACUCUGCCUCUUAGAUAAUUUUGUGGCUGAAAAAAUUCCAGGAUAAUAUAAUCUUGAAGCAACGCUUGCUGCCUUGCAAGGGUAACCUGUCCUUUUAAAACUGUCUUAAUGAAAGGGAAAUUAAUUUGUUGUGAGUGGUAGAACAAUAUGCCCUCAGCCCCUGCUGCUUUCUUGAGGCCACUACCGUAUAUAUAUAAGGUGUUUCAAAUCGCGUGCUCUUCAGUGGUAAGCAUUGAAUGACUGCUCGCCUCUCUUGAAUUCCCUUUUGAGGCUUGGAGGAUAUUAAUGUUGAAAAGUGAAGACUGAGGAAGAAAUCUGAAUACUUUUCUUCCUUAGACUAAAACAUGAACCCUGAGAACGACUGAUAGUAGCACAAGAUAACUGUGUGAAUGUGUUGCAUUGUAUAAAAAUCUUACUUAUAAAUGUGAAGGUUGUUGAUGCCAUCAAAACUUUAUGGAACAAUAAAAAAAGAUUUCCUUUUUUCUUACCUAAGCCUGAGAAAAAUAAGGGGAAUCAGCAAUUGCAAGCCCUUUUGUAGUCUGUUGAAUAAUUUAAAUUUGUAGACCUUCGAACUUUCCUACAAAAUAUGCUGCUGAUAAUUCUUUCCUUGAUCCAGUCGUGAGUGGUUUUCUAGCUUCGGCUUCUAUGGGGUCUUGUAAAUAGGGUCGUAUUGGUUUUGGUGGCAUCAGUGUUUCCUUGGCAUUUUACCUGUUAGCAGUAGGCUUGUAUAAAGCUGCCAAGGAAAAGUAAUCUACCUGUAGAAAGUUUGCUUAGCUACUGGAGUGAAACUCCUGUGAAUGAGCCUGGAGGGGAACAAGUCAGGCCAUUCAUUAGUCCUCAAGUGUUAACAUACUGACUUCUGCAGUAUUCAGACCAUCUAGUGCAAUGCCUUUUUGUUUGUUUGUUUUUGUAACACGGGUGCAGUGUAUUAUAGAAAAAUAAAGAUUACAAUCAUGAGCAGUUUUAUUAAUGCUGCUGUGCUGGUUUUGUAAAAAAAUGUACAUUAUGUCUUUUGACAGGUUUAAUUUUAACUAGAGAAAUGACAUUGUAAAUCAUAAUAUCCUUUUAAUUUAAUAUGAAAAAUUCAAUUAACAAUAUUGAAAAUACUUAAUGUAUUAUAUUGUAUAUAUUUCUCUACUUUGGUUCUAGCUGUUUUAUAUGACAUGUUAUUUAAGAGAGAAAACUGCCUUGACCUUUUGGACACUUAUACUGUAAAUAAAGAAGACUUAACAAUAAACUGAGAAUCAACUUCA